AUGGAGGCGGAACCAAUAUCUCAAGCUCGGUCUCUAUUAAGACAACUUGGUCCGCAAUUCCGCUUUGUCUUCACGAACGCGCCAUUCAUUAGCGAUGCCGGUCCCAACGUGCUCCCACUUUACAAGGACUGCGGGCCGUUUCGAACAUGGCUUCCGUGGGCUGGUGCGGAAAACAUUGCGACGGACAAGAAAGGGGUGAUCGCAGCCAUUGAAAACAGUUUACAUCAGGCCAUGGAGGACGAUGAUGAGAAGGGUGCUACAGGCUCUUGGGUCGGCCUUCUCGGAUUUAGCCAAGGCGCGAAGCUAUGCGCAAGCUUGCUCUUCGAACAACAGCUACGAGCUCACCCGACUGAGCCGCCGCACCCGAACGAGUCAAAGAGAUGCUACAAGGGGUGGAAAUUUGCUCUGCUACUCCACGGCAUUGCACCGCUAGUAGCACUAAGUGAGGAAGGGGAAGGGGAGGGCAUGCAGAACGCUGACCAGAUUCUUGGUCUAUUUUCUGAAGGAUUCAGGUUCGAAGAAGACAAGGCGAAGAGGCUGUUGACAAUACCCACAAUACACGUUCAUGGACUGCUCGAUCCUGGAUUGCCCUUGGGGAGGAAGCUUCUGAGUGGCUACUGCUCCGAUAAGUCGGCUUCUGUGCUUGAGUGGGAGGGUGACCAUCGUGUGCCAGUAAAGUCGGACUUCGUGCAGAAAAUCACAAUAGCAAUUUUAGACGUGAUAUCUUAG